AUGGCCCGCAAGGUCCAUUGGCAAUAUAUAUACGUUGUGAGGAAUGAGAAUGGUGAGGAGAUAGCUGAGGUCUCCACCUUAGAGGCUGCCUUGGCCAUGGUGGGUGGCAACCCUAGUGGAGGUGACGCAGGCUGCGUAAUGGAACUAAAUAACGGGGUCCGCCAGGUCCGUGAGAGCCAAAACGACUCUGAGGAGGGCAGUAGGGACCCGAACGCCUCUUCCUCGGAGCCUCACCAGGAGGACCCAAGACCCUCAGCCGAGCCUGUGAUUCGGAUUCCGAGGCGCCGUUCAUCACGAAGGCGACGGCGAACCACAUUCCUGUUCACACUGGGGCAGGUCGAGGAAAUGGAAAAAUUGUUCAAAGAAACUCAGUACCCAGAUGCGCUUGCCAGGAAAGAACUUGCAAAAGCUUUGAAUGUGACUGAAGUCAAAGUGAAGACAUGGUUCGUCCAUCGGAGAGCAGAAGAGAGGAAGAGUCAGAGGCGUGUAGUAGUACAGAGCACACCUCCUCGUAUCGAAAAGGUCCUUCUCAUUAUCGAUAGGGACGACUAUCCCUAG